AUGCCGGAAUUCGAAUUCGUAAACGUCGUCCGCCCCGGCGACGAGAAAGCCCAGUCGACCAGGAUCCGGCGGCACGUCAUGAAGGACAUUGGCAGGGCGCGUCGGAAGCCACGCGCGAAGCGGCGGGGAGAGGAGGAGAUUGUCCUCGGAGAAGGUAGUGGCUCAGCAGCUGUAGGCGAAGAGAAUAGAGAAGGAGAGGGGGUUGGGGUUGCAGGUGGAAGAAGUACUGGUGGCGCAUCAUCGCAAGCCCUGGCGCUGCCGGAUCCCAUGGCCGACGGCAGCUUGCAUGCGACGGUGUACCCGAUCAACAUGGAUGCAGAGCGCAUGGGCUUAGUCCGGUCCAUGAUCGACGAAGCGCGCUCAACCUACAAGCCGUUCCGCUUCCCCUGGCUAUCCAUGGGGUUGUCGGACGCGGCGGCGUGGUACAUCACGCUGGCCAACGCAGUGCUGUUUCGCGGCCUCGCGCCGGGAACAACGUCUGGGUUCCCCGAGCACAGCUCGAAUGUCGAGGCGAUGAAGUGGUACACGCUUUCGCUGCGGUCGAUAAAGAGUCGGCUGGUCGAUCCGGUGAUGAGUGUGAGUGAGGGACUGGUGAUUGCGGUGACGGGGUUCUUGUGCCAUGAUUCUACAGUCGGCAACUUCGACCGCCUGAGAAUCCACAUGGACGGCCUCGAACGAAUCCUCGAGAAAAGAGGCGGCUUGGAAACCCUGAGCAGUCCGUUCCUACAAUUGAUGAUAUCCUGGGGAACCGUUACCAACCCACCUAGGCUCGAUCUCGCCGGCGCAACCUACUCAAACAGCCACCCCCGCUUCCAAGUCCUACGAAGUACCCUCCGUGGCAUCGACUCCACCAACCCCCAUUCCCCCCUCUCCCGCCUCCUCCUCGCCUGGGACGCCCGCUUCCCAACCCUAACCGACAUCACCGCCGCCCUCCGCACCACCGCCUCCGCCGCCGCCUACCUAAACCUGCACUCCGCCCGCCGCCCCGCCGCCUUCUGGCGCGACGACUCCACCGCCGCGCGCGUCCUGAGCCCGGCGCUCCACGCGCUCCUCUCGCUGCGCGGGAUCCCGCUCCCCAACGACCCCGCAGACCCGGCGUACGCGGGCGUCGCGGCGAGAGAAGCGUACAGGCGCGCGGCGCUGGUGCUGCUGGCGGCGGUGAAGCGGCGCUUGGGGUCGAGCUGCUACGAGAUGAGGGGACACCUGGAGGCGUUUAGGCAGAUCGCGCAGCUGCCGCUGGUUUUUGCGAGCACUGCCUGCAACGCUAACGCUAACGCCAACGCCAAUGCUAGAACCCCCGGGAGAGAGCUAAACGAGCUGAGUCUCUGGGCGUGUGUGACGACGGCGAUGCAGGAGGAUGGGCCGAGGAGAGCGUGGCAUGUGCUGAUGAUUGUGGGAUUGAUGGAGACGCUUGGGUUGAGGGGGGGAGGGAGGGAGGCGGUUGAGGUUGCGAGGGGGGUUGUGUGGGUUGAUGCUGUGGAUGGGGAUGGAGAUGGGGAGGGGGAGGGGGGAAGGGCGGAGAGGCUGUGUUGGGAGAUUGAUGGGUAUUUGGCGGCGAGAGGUGCUGCGGCGGGGUGAAAGGGGGAGAGGGGCGUGGAUGGAUGUCCGUGGCCUGGCCCUAGGGGUAGGUAAUAGGUAUUGAGGCUUGAGAAAGGAGCAAGCGAUGAUUUUACCGCGAAAGAGUCAAAGAUUUGCGUGUCACGUAAAACGAAGAGAUGGGAUACGACUGAUGUAGUAAUGUAUAGGUAUGCUUACACUACUCAUAUCAUAUGAAGUGAGGAGAGACAUCUUGGACUAUUCCAUACACCCACCCACCCACACCCACACACUCGUACUAUUUUUUACUCUCUCCGCCCUUACAGCCUCCUCCUCCUCCUCCCCAUCAUCAAAUAGCAGUAGUAGUCAACCCCGCAUCCACCGCCACAUACUGCGCCGUCAUCCAGCCGCUCUUCUCCGACGCCAGGAACAGCACCACAUCCGCGACCUCCUCGGGCUUCCCCGCGCGGUUCUCCCCUCGCUGCAGCGCGACGAACGGCCCGACGAUGUCGAUGACAUCCUCGCUCAUGUCCGAGACGAUCACGCCCGGGGCGACUGUGUUCACGGUGAUGCCGCGGCUGCGGCCGAG